AUGAUUCCCUGGACACUUGUUGCACUUGCGGCGGCUCUCAGCGCUGCCCUGCUGCUGCCCCAGCCCUCGUGGGCCAGUCCCCUCGAGAACGACACCACGGACAGGCCCCACAUCAACUACCCGGCCCUCUUCAAGGCGUUCCUCGACAUGGGGAAUGCCAUCUUCGGUACCUGGACCCCUGAGGGCUUCACGGACGAGUUCAACUUGCUGCAACGGGACAUGCUUUAUGGAUAGGCGGCUCCUCUAUCUCUCUUUAUUUCUAUAAAGAUGUUGCAUAAGUGUAGCAUGCUGCAUCCAUAAAUAUACCCAGAAACAGAAAGAGGUGUGGGGGCUAGAGACAACAUUAUAAUUAUGCACGCUUCCCUUUUGGCCAAAUCACCCAUCAUAACCACCACGUUUGCUAUUGGCCACACCCUUGUAAAGGGCACUAAUAC